AUGGAGGAGUUAGAAGACAUGUAUCGCCGACGAAGGCAUUUUCUAUUGCUCAGGCUGAGACGCAACAAUGAACAGACUAGACCCAGAUACUGCAGGAUUCACCUGAGUGUCCCAGUCCUGGACCGUUUCUUCAACCAGCAAAAUCCGAUACCAGACUUUCGUUUGAGCAGGGAGUCCCUUUCAGUGCUGCUGAACCACGAUCGGUGUCAUGGUUGGGGUGCCACAAUUGAGACCCUGGUGUUUCUUUUCUGGUUGGCAAGCGGAGCAUCUUACAGGGUGGUCUCCAGAGCGUUCGGGAUACCUCGUUCGACUGUCCACCACAUCAUCCACAGAGUCACGGAGGAGGUUGUGGCCAUUCGCCACCAGGUCAUCCACCUUCCAAAAACCCCUGAAGACCUGGAGGUGGUGUCCCAGGGGUUUGCAGGGCUGGCACGGCAUAGAGCUUUUUUUAAAGCUGCAGGUGCCAUCGACGGUUGCCACAUCAGGAUCAAGCCUCUAAGCGGCCCUGAUGGUCACUGCUACAGGAACAGGAAACUGUUCCCCUCUAUCAUCCUGCAGGCUGUGUGUGACCAUCAGGGUUGCUUCAUUGACAUGUACAUGGGCUGGCCGGGGUUGGUGCACGACUCCAGGGUGCUCCGCCACAGCCCGCUGUACAGGCAGUCAGUCUACCCUCCUCCAGGGCACUUCAUCCUCGCAGAUGGUAGGUACCCAUGCAUGCAAAGCCCACUCCCACUCAUCACUCCCUACAAACGUGGGAAUCAAGGUGUGGCUGCCCAGCGCUUUAACAGCCAUCAUUCCAAGGCACGCUCUGUGAUACAGUGUGCCUUGGAAUGAUGAAAACCAGGUUCAGAGCCAUCUUCCUGCAAGUGCUGGAGGUCCACCCCACCUUUGUGCCUCAAGUAAGUGUACGAAAUGUGGCUUUUCUCAUUUCUUUGAAAUAUAUUUCAAUUAAUUAAUUGUUACCGCUUGUGCCGUCCUCCACAACAUCUGCCUCAGUGCUGGAGACUUUGUGGUGGCAGAGGAUGAGCCUGAGGAGGAUGGUGGAGGUGAUGAGGGGGAGGCUGGUUUGGAGGAUGUCAGUGGUGCACGCUGGCGGGACCAGCUGUGCUGUGAGGUGUCUGCCCUGGAGGAGGUUCCACUGGAUCAUGACUACUGGUAACAGUCUUGGUCAUGUAGCAGCCGUCGACAGCCAGCCCUGCAAACCGAUGGACGAUGCAGUUGACAGUCAAGACGCAUCUUGGACUCAGUGGUCUCCUUCAAAAAGCAGCUGAAGACUCACUUGUUCAAGCUGGCUUUUGUAUGACCUUCUUCACCACUCUCUCUUUAUUCUAAUCUCCCCAUCUAUUCCACCUUCCUCAGGAUCCACUGAUUUCCUUGUUUCCUAUUCACAAUCUCUCUUUCUUAACAUUUUUUCUUUUAAAUCGCAAUAGCUUAUUCUAGCUAAUUUUAAAUAUAUUUUUAAACAUUUUCGAAAUGCUUUUUUAUAUUUUUACAAUUUUUAUACUUUUUGUUUUUGUGAAGCGCCUCGUGAUUUUCAUCUUGAGAGGCGCUAUAGAAAUGAUAUUUUCUUCUUCUUCUUCAUCUUGAAGCUCUUUCUGCAGACCACCCAGUAGGAUGCUUCACUUGUCAACCAGAAAAGAGCAGUCACGGGUCUCAGCUCCAGCACUCCAUCCAUGACAUUCAUCUGUUCAGCAGAUCCAGCAGCCCUGUUAGGGACUUCCUGCUUCAAAGUUGUUGAAAUGGUCUUGGAACAGGACACUCAGGUUAAUCCUGCACUAAAUAUGCAUUUUUGUUAUUUUUCUUUGUCAGAUAUUUCUCUUAUUUUGUAUGUUUCCCAUCAUGAUUUUGUGUAUAUAUGUUCAACCAUGUUCAAACUCAAUUGUUGUAAAUAAAAGUAUUAAGUUUGAUCCAUUUCUCCAUUAUUUUCUCAAUUAUAUUUUUUGUUUAAUACUUUAAAACAUUACAGGUUACAGAAAAGAAUCUUGAAGUUCAUUUUAAUACUGUUUCAAGACAUUCUCAAUAUUUUUAAUAUGUCACUGAAGCUUCCUGUUGUCAACAUUUACAUGAGUGAUAUUGGUACUUUUAACUUAUAGUUGACCACCAGUCCACUGUGGUGCUUUUAGAGGCAAUUCAAAUGCACCCACAAUAGGCUAAAUUUUAUGUUUGUUUUUUUAAUUAAAAUGAUCAAAAUCACACACUUAAAUAAUGUUUUUGGGACUGUUGGAGAGCUAAUUCAGAGAAAAUAGUUUGCAAAGCUGAGCCUGAGCAAAGAUGUGAUAAUAGUUUUUAAUACUUUCUAAAGGUCUUAAUUUGACCAAAACUGAUUUAUUACCUUUUAAGACUUUUCAAGACCCAGCAAAUACCCUGUAAUAUUAAACACUUCACAUUUGUAAACAAAAAUAAAAUUCAACAGUUUAAUACAGAACUGAUUUUAUAUAGAUAUUUUUAUUAUAUAUACAUGUUUAAUCUUUAUUAAUCAUUUUUUCGAGCAGACUAAAAAGCCUGCCAAAAUUCUCCUUUCUCUCCUGUGCCCUCUGCUGCUCUGCCUCCCUCUGCAGUCUCAUGUCCUCCAUGAUCAGCUCCAGAAGCUGGUCAUCGCUGUCCCUUCUCCUUUUUCUUCCACCUGGCUGACUUCCUCCUGGCUGAGCAUCUUCAUCCUCACUCUCCUCCCUUUCCUCCACUGCUGUACUUGGCCCUGGAGUGUCCUCACGGAUAGAGGCAAUUAGGACAGGCGGACUGGUUGAGGGUCUCUGUCCUAAUACCUCAUCCAUGAGGUCAAACCAGGGCCAAGUAGCAGCAGUGGGCUUCCCACUAACCCCCUCUCCUGACCCUGGAUACUUGCAUACCUAGAUUAAAAAAAAGUCAGUUUACACAAAUAACUACAAACCUGUUUAACCUUUUUAGAUUUAGCAUGUAUACAUGUUAUAUUUUCCCACACACAUCUACAUACUACAUUGUUUUUGAUCAUGGCGGACGUAGCAGGCAGCGUGGCAUCAGCUCCUGGUCCAGUUCCUAAACUAUCUCGACUAAAACCAGAGGUGUACAGGACGACAGAUGGCAAGGUGAUUGUGGAGGAUGAACUUCUUAAUUUCCUUGCUGUUAAAAUUAAAACCUUGAGCCAGGAUGAAAUUGUGUUGUUGGCCACGAACACAUUUGAAUCUGAGGGGAUUGAAGCAUCAAAAAAAGUUUUGUUUGAGCUCUGCCCAAGUACUUCACAGCGGUGCAUCAGCUAUAAAGGGCAGCACAAAGACGCCAAUAAUAUUAAGCUCUGCCUUAAAGUGCUGAAUGAGUGUGGGGAAAAUAACCCUAGAUUUGUAUCCCAUCACUUGGAGGAUUGUGGUCCAUUUUGGAGCAGUUUGGAGUAGUCCGGGGGGACUGUGACCUCUGAAUGACCUAUUAAAUCAAGUUUAAUAUCUCAAAAACCAUAGCAGCACAAACGUCAAUUUUACCUGCACAAAUCAGCACAAACAAAGCACUAACCGAGCAGCCUAUUUGCCUCCACUUUUGAAGCUGACGGGGGGUCAGCUUCACAGAGCUGCAAAAGCACCCACAUUUUCUUCAUGGCCGAGCGAGCGGUGCAGAGCUUUUAGGACAUACAUAUUGAUUGGGAGAAACGGACUAACACCGGUAAGUAGGAUUCACACUACUAUACACAGUUAUUAGAUUAUUUUGUACAUUAUUAAAUUGUUUUGUGGCACUAGGUGUGUGUGUGAUAUAUUACUAGCUGGGUGUGUGUCUGUGGCUGGGUACUGACUCUGAACCUCAGUAGCUUUAGGAUUAACCAAAAACAUUCUGUACAUAAGUACUUGUACGAAAAUAUUUUUUCAGUCUUAAAUAUUGGGAAUUUGCCAAUAAAAUGUCGUUGUUGUUAACUAGGUGUGACUCUGUCUCUGGCCUCUGUGCUCUCUUUCCUGUGAUUUCUCUUUCAGGUGACCACGACGGCGCAGGAAAGCCUGCGGUUUCCAGUAGCCCUGUGGUCAGUGGCGAUAUUGAGGGAGCCUCGGUGGUUGCUGCGGGCAUCUCUCUCACGGGCUCGGGGUCGCCACCCGGCCCGGGAGCAAUAGGUGCGUGCAGCGAUGCUCAGCUCAGGGCCCCGCCUGACGAAGGGGGGGGGGGUGUGUGUGCUGAGUGGCACUGAGUUUUCCAUUGCGGACUUCGACCUGUUCGGGGGAACCCCUCCUCCGAGCGGGCGGGUCAUUGCAGAAAUUGACACUGACCUUCCACCACUUCAGCUGACGACGUUGACCUCCGACCCGGAGUUAGGUGGUACACCUUCUAAGGGGUGGAGCUCUAGUCAGUCUGUAACUACUCUGGUUAAACCGGGUUUUUCUGUUCCUGUGUGGGAUCCUCCAUCAUUCUUCAGACGAAAGUAUUCUUGGCUUCAGUUUUCAGGACAGAACAUGUUCCUAAAGCUAGCAACAUGUCUGUGUCUGAUUCUACACAUGGCUGGGUUUGCUUUGACACCCGUGACGCAACCAUUCUUGCCUAACUCCUUUUCAGAACCUCCUCGUCCAACACCUCUAGGUCUUUGGACAUCUGAACACCUGCUCUUUCAGCACGAUCCAGGUGACAAUGUGCAUCUUCUUGGUGAACGGGCUCUUAAGAGCCUAAGAACUGUUGUUUUUUCUGAUUUACCUGUCUCACACACACGGCAUAAGUUUGAGAAACAAAAGGGGGGUGGGGAGCCUCCUCCUGGUCUGCGAGCAUCGUCUCUGCAUCUCCAGUUCAAUCCUAUUUCUGAUCACAACAACGUCGCCUCCGAUAAGCUGCUAAACAACUUUGAACAGGUAAAAUCAGGUUCUGAUCUAACAACUAAACCAUCCGCUUCGCUCCAGUUCCAAUCGGGACCCACAGGUAAAUUCAAACAAGUUUCUCUGUGGGUUCGUAACACCAGAUACAAACCGCUUGACGACCAAAUCGAUUAUGACACUGCUCCCACAGAUAAGUUCAAACUCGUUUCUCUGUGGGUUCGCAACACCAGAUUCAAACCGCUUAAUGAAUAAAUCGAUUCUGACCGGAUUCUUUUCCACUACCUGGUGUAAUGUGACAAAUUCACUCGAUUCUUUGUUGGAUGAAUUUUUAACAAAUGUGAUAUCCUUUGAGUUUUUUUUCAGGUUACCCGUCUUCAGCCAGGGCCCUGUACUAACUCACAUUUUUAGGGACAACUAACCUACUGAUUUACAUUUUUAGAAUUGAUUUACAUCUCUGUCUUUUAGUAGUGCUUUGUGUAGAGUGAUUAUAUUUGAUUACAGAUUUUAAUUUGUUAAAAAUUUCCCUUAAAGCCAAUUUGCCCUUCAUUUUCAUGAUUUGUUUUUGUUUGUGUAUGCCUUUAAUCAGUGCAGCCUGCUGAUUUUCACAUAUCAGUUAGGAUUUAAUUUAUUUUAUUUGUGUUUUCUCUGCAUCACCUUUUCACAUGACAUGUAGAACAGGGUGCAGAACAUUUCUUCUUUAGAUAAUUCACAAAAUGCCUUCACAUUUUCCCAGAGGUACCCAAAGAUAGGUUUUGAUUAAUUUCUUUGAUUUGCAUCAAACACAAUCUAUCGUAUGGGCUGUCUCACUUUGUCUCCUUCUCCGAGCUCGUCUGGACUCCAUUCCAUCAGAGGGGUCGUCUUCACCUUACUCCACUUGGUUUCCUGUCGCAUGGGGCUUCGGUUGUGGUUCGAGAGGUAUCGAGGUCUGCGCUGGACUUCGCCUGGACUACGUCCGAGGAUUACAUCACCUGCCCAGCUUCGCGUGGAUACACGAGCUACCUUAUCCUUUUGAAAAUACCUUUACAUUAUUGCAACUGACAUAGCUUUGCUUUCAAGAUUUCCUAAGUGGAUUACUUUACAAUGAAUUGCAACAGUUUUGGCCUUAAUCAUCUGAUCAGGAUAUACUCCUUUCUACACGAGACCUGUGGAGACGCUUCAUCGCUCCUGCCUUCAUCUGGAACAUUGCAUGUCUUCCUUCAUGAGUACAUCACGUUAAUGAGGUCACGACGUCAGGUGGUUUUUGCUUGACCACCAUGUCGUCGCAAAAGGGGGUUUGUAGCGUGAGGAAGUAUGGUUUUUUUCUGUGCCAAGGGUUGCGUUUGCCCAGCUGGGUCAGAGCUGGGUCGCACAGAACUUUCACCCACAGAUUGAGACCUUUGCCGACAUGAAGUCUGCAAGAUUCAACAGAAACCACAACAUCCAACACCUGCAGCUUCCAGCAGAAGGAGUUCUCAUGAAAUCUAGUCAUAACAAAACAAAGUCUUAAACUUCCUUUUCUUUAUAUUAAAUGUUGAAUAAUCAUUAUUAUCAUUUUGCUCAUUAUAAAUGUGUUUUAAUCAAAUGAAUGAUUAUUAUGCUUUGGGUAAUCGUAAUAACUAUAAUGAAUCAAUACUUAAUUAAAUAAUGUUUGAAGAUGUUUGAUAACGACCUUCACACACACACACACACUCUCACAGUAAACUCAAAACACAUUUGCUGGCGCACACGUUUGCUUUGGGAAGAGAAGGGGUUUUGGUAAGUUUCAGUUCAUGUUAUGCAGUUCGAGUUUGACAACGAGAGAGAGCGGACGUGCUGAACACACACCACGGGGAAGGGAGCCUUCUGUUCCCCCCCACGCUAUUCCUGUCAAGCCAGACAGGAUAGCCGAAUUGCAACCAGCUAACGCAGACUCGUCCAGAGUCUUUGAUUUCUGAGUAAUUUAAACUUAAGAAAGCGCAUCUGCUAAACACUUCAUCAACGUGUACCGAGGUCAACUCUGGACCGGAGCGUCACACACCUUCGUCUCCUCUGCCAGCCAAGGUGUGACCUGGAUGAACAUCCUCCGAGUUCCGAGUCCGAAAGAGGGUCCUAAAGUUGGUGAGGCAGCACACGAUCAGAUAGCGUUCUGAUGCAUUUUUCUAAUAAGAACUAAGUUUAAUGCAAACCAUCAUUUUUCACUCAGACACCUUUUUCUUCCUGAAGCAACAUCAGACGCACACACGCAUUCAUAUCACAUCAUUCUCCAUCUUCACACAUUCAACACAAGGUCUAUUUGAGCAAGCUUAAAAUAUCAACUGUUAAAGAUUGUCCAACAAGGUUGUCAAUGUUGAUUAUUUUUCCUAUGAUUGUCAUUUCAAAUCAUUAGUUUAAAUCUCUGAAUUAAAACUUUUAACUUUCAAA